GUCUUCUCGUCUGUAUUCUAGGGUUUCUCUCGAGGAGCGUCUCUGUUCUUCUCUCCCCCACGCUCCUCCCAAUUCUCUCUUUUCUCUGUAUAUAUCUAUAUCUAUAUAUUAGCGUUAAGCAAUGCAGGUCGCCAAUUCCGACGAAGCACCGAUCGUAGAGGAGGAUCCGUCAAAAGAAGUCGAAAAUACCGAAAAAUUAGAAGCGUCGGACACGAACUUGAGUCGGGAUGGUUCGGAUUGCGACUCCGUUCUUGAUGUUUCUGGAAAAAGUUUAGAUUUGUCGGUGCCCAACCGGUUGGAGGGCUCUGUGGAAGGGCUCUACGUGUACAAGAAUGCGUUUAAUUUGAUUCCGAAGUGGAUCGGUGGGCUCGGAAGCCUGAAGACCCUGAAGUUUUUUGGGAAUGAGGUGAAUUUGUUCCCUGCGGAGAUUAGGGACUUGGUUGAGCUCGAAUGCUUGCAGGUGAAGGUGGGUUCCCCGAGUUUCGGGGGUUUGUGUUUGGACAAGUUGAGGUCUUUGAAGGAGCUUGACCUCUGCAAGGUGCCCCCGAGGUCAUCGGCAUUCCCGUUGUUGAAUGAGAUUGGUAGGCUUAAGCGCCUUACCAAACUCUCUGUUUGUCACUUCUCUAUCAGAUACCUGCCUCCAGAAAUUGGCUGCCUUAAAAAUUUGGAGUAUCUAGAUCUUUCAUUCAAUAAGUUGAGGACUUUGCCAGCCGAGGUUACGUGUUUAAAUGCCUUGAUUUCAUUGAAAGUCACAUAUAAUAAAUUGGUGGAAUUACCUUCGGGUCUAUCAUCCCUACAAAGGUUGGAAUUCUUGGACUUGUCAAAUAAUAGGUUAACAUCAUUGAGCUGUCUCAAACUUGGCUCAAUGCAUAACCUUCAGAAGCUAAAUCUUCAGUGCAAUAAGCUUCUUGGUGGUUAUCAUAUACCUUCAUGGAUAUCCUGCAAUUUGGAGGGAAACCUCAAGGAUGAAUCAAAUGAUGAAUUCAUCUGCUCUGCUGUUGAAAUGGAUGUAUAUGAAGCUGGUGUUCAAAAGAUUGAUGACAGCGUAUCUCGAAAAGGUUUUCCUAUUAACUCAUCCAGCCAUUUAAUUGGACCCUCAUCAAACAAUCGGUGUUUUGCGGCAAGGAGGCCUGGAAAGGGUUGGAAACGUCGUUAUUAUUUACAACAGAGAGCUCGCCAAGAACGUUUGAAUAGCAGUAGGAAGUGGAAAGGUGAAGACCAUACUGAGUUAUUGGCCCAAAAAGCAGCUGACAAAUGCAAACCUUGUCAGCAUGCUAUGCUUGCUUCUGAAUCUUGUGCAGAAAAUCCAUCAGCCAUUGCUGAUCCUGACAUUGAUGAUAAAGAAUUAUAUUCUGGUGCAGACAAGAGUGAUAUUACUAGUGUUGAGGAUGGUGAUAUCUGUUUGAGAAAGGAGUCUCUUGUAGACAAGUGCUCGUGUGCGACAGCUAACUCUGUCAAAAUAUGCAAGGAGAGUGAAGAUGACUGUUCUGGUCUUGGUACAUCUUUUGAUAUUUCAGAUGCGGCUAGGUUGCAUGAUGAAGGCUCAUCUUUGGCUUUAUGUAAGAGUGUUCCAAAGUCAAAAAGACCACUUCCUGAUAGGGAUUUUGAUAAUCCAAAACCUAGCAAGUCUAGGAGACCAACCGAUGAUCAUGCCGAUCUAUCAUGCAAAUAUAGUAAUACAUCAUUAUGUAGCUCUGAUGACUAUCUACCUGAUGGCUUCUAUGACGCAGGACGAGAUCGGCCAUUCAUGCCACUGAGGAGCUAUGAACAAAAUCUUCAUCUUGACUCACGUGAGGUCAUUGUUUUAGAUAGGAAAAAUGAUGAAGAGUUGGAUGCCAUUGUACUGUGUGCUCAAGCAUUAGUAUUUCAUUUUAAGCACAUUAAUGGUUCUAUCAAACAACGAGAACAGUUUGGGACAGAUACCCUUCAGAUUGUAUCAUUGCUUGCUCUUUUUGUAUCAGACCACUUUGGGGGCAGUGAUAAAAGUGCAGUCAUUGAGAGGACACGAAAAGCUGUGUCAGGUUCAAACUAUAGAAAGCCCUUUGUCUGUACCUGCCCAACUGGAAACAGUGACAGUAUCAGAAAAUCCUCAAAAGAUACUGGAGAAGAUAUUGCAUUCCCCAAUCUAUGCGAGAAAUCACUUCAAUCAAUAAAAAGAAGACAAAAUUGCAUUGUGGUUUCUAUUGGGACUCUCCAGUUUGGUGUGUGUAGACAUAGAGCAUUGCUUCUCAAGUAUCUUUGUGACCGGAUGGAACCUCGUGUACCUUGUGAACUUGUUCGGGGCUACUUAGAUUUCUCACCCCAUGCAUGGAAUAUCGUUGUUAUCAAGAAGGGCGAUGCAUGGGUUCGCAUGAUAGUCGAUGCAUGUCAUCCACAUGAUAUAAGGGAGGAAACAGAUUCUGAAUAUUUCUGCAGGUAUGUUCCUUUGAGCCGGAUUAAUGCUCUCCAUGUGGCAGAUAACAGUCUUGGACCAAAUUGUUCCUUUCCUUCUUUGUCUACACGCAAUGAAAUAGAAAAAGGAGCUUCUAGUACACUCUUUCAAUGCAAUUUUGGAUCUGUUGAGGCUGUAGCAAAGGUGCGUACACUAGAAGUGGGUGGGACUUCUACAGAAGCAAUUAGGAAUUUUGAAUAUAGUUUGUUGGGGGAGGUGAGGAUGUUAAAUGCUGUUAGGCAACACUCUUGCAUUGUUGAAACUUAUGGUCACCAGAUAUCUUCCAAGUGGGUUCAGUCGGAUGACGACCCUGGGCAUCGCAUAUUGCAGUCUGCUAUCUUGAUGGAGCACAUAAAAGGGGGCUCCUUAAAGAUUUAUUUAGAGAAGCUAUCCAGAGCUGGUGAGAAGCACGUUGGGAUGGAAUUGGCAUUGUACAUUGCUAGAGAUGUUGCUUGUGCAUUGGUGGAGCUGCAUCGCAAACACAUAAUUCAUCGUGACAUAAAGAGUGAAAACAUUUUGAUUGAUCUGGAUAACAGGAGACCUGAUGGAACACCUGUCAUCAAGCUGUGUGAUUUUGAUAGAGCCAUCCCCCUUCGUUCUUCCUUGCAUUUAUGCUGUAUUUCGCAUAAUGGGAUACCUCCACCAAAUGUUUGUGUUGGGACUCCACGUUGGAUGGCUCCUGAGGUGUUUCGGGCAAUGCAUAAACCCAGCAUGUAUGGGCUGGAGGUGGAUAUUUGGUCAUUUGGGUGUUUGAUAUUGGAACUAUUGACUUUGCAAUUCCCUUAUUCUGGGUUGUCAGAAUCAGAUGCUCGUGACCUUCUACAGACUGGAAAACGGCCGCCACUGACAGAAGAGCUGGAAGCAUUGGUUUUAUCAGAGGGGCCUGCAAUGUCUCAAUCUGGCACGGACCCAGGGAGAUUAGAGGCAGCAGGAUUAGAAACAUUGAAAUUUCUUGUUGAUGUAUACCGCCAAUGUACCGAGAAGAAUCCAGCUGAUCGUCCAACAUCUGAUAGCCUGUACAAUAUGUUGCUUGCCCGUACGAACUCUCUUACUGGUUCAAGAAGCUCAGAACAAGUAUAGCAGUCAUUUAGGUACCAACUUACUCCUGUUCCCAGAUUUUGUAAACCUAGGAUGCUGUAGAGGUGUAUUAAUCCUUUGUUCAGGGAACAAAUACAUGGGUUCGCUCAACCCAAGAGUCACAUUGAUCCACCAGUAACUGCGAUUAUUAUAGCAACCCAGUGCAUUGCAUUAUUUGCUGUACACAAGUUUUUAUCCAGGCACGUCACACCUAAGUACAUCUUAAAUUGUCUUUACCGACAAUUUUCUGUAGGAGUAGGUUAGAUUUCUGCUGUAUGCUGUCACGAAUGUUUUUCUCCUCUGAUGUAAUGUAAACUAGAUGUGCUGGUUAGAUUGUCAAAGCA